AAAGUCGAUUAGUCGUUUUUCGUUGGAGAGCUUGCUGUUCGCAUUUAUCCGCCUGCUCGCGCGUAGAAAAGUUGUUACUUAAUGUUCAUUGCUGCCACACGUGCUUGAUUAUUAAUUGCAGUGCGCUAAUCAGUCGCUUGUCAGCUGAGCAGACCACAAAAAACGAAGGCAAUUAUUUAGGCUGCCCUUUCAGUUCGGCAUUACAUAAGAAACGAAUGGCCAAACGAAAAUAAUUUUGAAACAAUUUCGGAGUUAAUAUUGCAUCAGCAAUUCUGAACAGCAGAUACACAAAAAGGGCAGCAAUUUGGCCAACAAAGUCUUCAUAAACGACAACAAACGAGUGAAAAUAUGAGCUGGGCAACAACAAAGCAAAGGCACAAAUGUUUCAACUGUAGCAGCGGCAGCAACAAAAACAACCGGAGCAGCGGCAGCAGCAGCAACAACAACAACUGUGCGCCUAGCAACAAGAUAAUUUCGACGAGCGAUUUCCUUUGAUUUGCGCCCAUCUGUGUCGAAAGCAGCCGAAAAGCCAAAGAGUGUAAAUAGCACGUAGUUUUAGUACAAUUCACUGUAGCAAAAGUGAGUUUCAACCGGGGCAGCCAAUAAGCCUGCGAUAGCAACAAUAAUACAGAACGAGCGCAAAAGAAAUCACCAGAGAUUGCACAAUAUGAAUCCGAUCAAGGCACAGUCAACGGGCAGUCCCAAGAAAUUCAACGUAUUCGCACACGUCAAGUACGAGCAUUUGGUUGCCGGAGUAUCCGGCGGAGUGGUGUCCACACUCAUUCUACAUCCCCUGGAUUUGAUCAAGAUUCGAUUCGCAGUUAACGAUGGCCGGACAGCUACGGUGCCGCAAUACCGGGGACUGAGCAGCGCCUUCACCACGAUUUUCCGGCAAGAGGGCUUCCGCGGACUCUACAAAGGCGUCACCCCCAAUGUCUGGGGAUCGGGCUCCUCUUGGGGCCUGUACUUCAUGUUCUACAACACCAUUAAGACAUUUAUCCAAGGAGGAAACACGACCAUGCCAUUGGGCCCCACAAUGAACAUGCUUGCAGCUGCUGAGUCGGGAAUUCUCACCCUGCUGCUGACCAACCCCAUCUGGGUGGUGAAGACGCGUCUCUGCCUGCAGUGCGAUGCCGCGAGUAGUGCCGAGUACAGGGGCAUGAUCCACGCCUUGGGCCAGAUAUACAAGGAGGAGGGAAUCCGUGGCCUGUACCGCGGCUUUGUUCCCGGCAUGUUGGGCGUCUCCCACGGAGCCAUCCAGUUCAUGACCUACGAGGAGCUGAAGAACGCCUACAACGAAUAUCGCAAACUGCCCAUCGACACGAAGCUGGCCACCACCGAGUACUUGGCCUUCGCGGCUGUCUCCAAGCUGAUCGCAGCGGCGGCCACCUACCCGUACCAGGUGGUCCGGGCACGGCUGCAGGACCACCAUCACCGAUACAACGGCACCUGGGACUGCAUCAAACAGACUUGGAGGUACGAGCGCAUGCGAGGUUUCUAUAAGGGCCUGGUGCCCUACCUGGUCCACGUCACGCCCAACAUCUGCAUGGUCAUGCUGAUCUGGGAGAAGCUGACCAGCUAGAUGGAGUAUUAGUACUAGAUCAUCGAAUCUGGAAUCUGACAGAGAAUUUAAGCUAAGCACCUAGAAUACACGAAUCUUUCUCGUUUCCUCCGAUGUGCAGCUAACAGCAGAAAAUGACAAACUUAUUCUGUAUUAUUGUUGUAACUCGAUUUCGGUUUAGCCCUAGCACCUUACUUUAGCCUUAAGUGUAUUCCAUAUCUAGUUUAUUGUACAUCCUUCACUCCCAACUUCGAAAGUAACUGAUGUGAUCGGGGCGUCGUCAAAAUAGCCCCUGCCCAUGAAAUGUAAUUUCAAAAACGCAUUUCUUGCACUCUUCAUCAAAACAAACACAUAUUUAGUUCUUAGUUUAGUUAAAUUAUUUAUUCUAUAACGGCUUGGAAUUGUGUAAGCACAAAGAAAAACCAGUUACUGUUUAGUUGAUACAAAAUUUCGUUUUGGCAAAAAGAUUCUUCAUAGUUUUUGAAAAUGGUUUAUAAUUUUAAGGAUAAACCUUGACAUUUAUGUAAAUAAGCAUAAACGCAUUGUGAAACCAACUUAGUCCUACAGUGGAACAAUCUUAUUGAAAUCAAAGAAAAGAUAAGAAAUGCGAAAUUACUUACCCAUAUUAAAAGGCCACGAUGGCAGACCUAAAUGAAAACCAAGAAACAAACUAAAGCAAACACUGUCAGCGCGUCCAGCCUGCGUCUUUUCAUUUGUCCAAGGGCUCAUGGCAGCUUGAGUAAGUAGUCCUUGCUCCUUCCGCUCCCUAAGUCUUCGAUCACCCCCUUAAUUGUGCAGAAUCUCUUUGCUAAUCUGAAACAGCCAAUGCGCCCUUACUGUAAGUAGAUGUAGCUUUCAGUUCUCAGUCUCUAACCGCAUUGUGUUUGGUUCUCUUUGCAGGUUUGAGGGCUACAGAGGCUUCUACAAGGGGCUGAAGGCGAGUUUAACCCGAGUAGUGCCUGCCUGCAUGGUCACCUUUCUGGUGUACGAGAACGUCUCGCAUUUCCUGCUCGCCAGGCGGAAGCGAAUUGAGACUAAAGAGGAUGCGUCGGACGUGUGAUUUUCCUUUGGUUGGAUUCCUUUUAGGCUUCUAAGAUACAUAUAUCACCUCACGACAUUUCCAUAUGUCUCUAUAGUCAGCGGGCAGUUGCAAUCGUGCUGAGCAUGCGCAGCUGCUUUUAGUUUAAGUUUAGUUAGUUGUUGCGAAGACUUAUUUGGUCUUUUCGUAGUAAGUAAAGUGAUUGUUGUUCCUAAGUGUGGAUCAGAAUGGAUUUGUGAUUGAAUUCAGACGAAAGUGUUACAAUAUACCUGUGAAAUAUAAGUCCAUAGCCUCACUCUUGCAAAUAAACCAAAUCUUUGUGAGCC